AUGAAAAAUAGAACCACUCGAUUUAAUUCCCGAGCCGAGAUCUGUGGCAUAUGCCUAAACCCAAUCGAGUUUCAAGGAAAAUUGGACUGUUGCAAGCAUCCAUUCUGUUUUGACUGCAUUGAAAGGUGGUCUGAGGUAAUUUCUAUUUAGACAGAAAACACAUGUCCUCUAUGCAAGCUAAGGUUCACUUCUAUUACAAGAGUUUCACAUAGAGUGAAUUAUUGUACACAUAAAAAGCCAGACAUUUUGCACGUAAAGCAUAAAAGCCAAAGAGAUGUCCUCGAUAACCAGUUUAGAUUAGUUUUCAGGCAUAAUGAGCAUGAACUAGAUAUGAAUCUAGGAAGAAUUGUUUUUCAAGAAUUCCAGAGAGGGAGAAGCAAUGAAUCAGUUUUAAGAGCUUUGAUCUCUUAUUUUUAUCUUAAUUUAGAAAAUUAA